AGUCAUCUGUAACAUGGAAAGAAAAUCUGGUGUACUGUGAGAAGCGGAGGUGUGACGCACGAUGUCCUUGACUCCUGCCCAGCUCGGGAUGUUGCUAGACAUCCUGAGCGAAGAUUGCGCAGAAACGAGACCGUUGGAGAAUGUCUGCAAUCAACUGCAGGCUAACUUUUCAAAACAAGACAUUUUCAAAGUUGGGUGUACUUUGGUGACGCUUCUGCAGCACCAAGACUUGUUGCCAAAUCCUUCUCAGAGAGUUGCUGCGAUUACGUUGUUGCAUGAAAUGUAUCGAGGAGAAAUCGCCAAAUCUCCGUUUGCAUCUGUUUUCAUUCGCCUCUUCAACCCAAUGGACGAAGUCAUGCGGGGAGCGAACAAAAAACUGGAGUUUGCUGGGCAGCUUCCGAAACUUUCCUUGCAGGAAAGAAACUUUUUCUCGAAUCUGUUGAUGAUGCCAUCCUCCAAAGAAUUGUUGCUGGCAAUGACUGCACGCCAAGUUUUGCAAAUAAACCCGAAUGAAAUGCCACCCUCUGACAUUAGUAGUUUAGAGCUAGCAGUUGCGGAGAAGCAAUCUCAGUUGCCACAGCAUUGCAAAGCUGGCAUUCCUGUUGUCAUUGACGAUCCGGACCCUAAUGCGGAACAAACCACGACACCCGAUCCAGAGAAAAUCAAGAAAACCGUCGAAGACCUAAUGGCAGGUCCGAACCCUUUGGCGAAUCAGUAUUACGUUCCUGAAUUUAUUUCUCUGGUUCCUCCACUUUUUGUUUGUGAAGAUGAGUUGGCAUGGAUGAAUCCAAAUGAAAAAUGGAGCGACGAUGUGCACAAGCCGUCGUGGGAUUCACGGAUGUGUGCAGCUGACACAAGUAACCUGGAAGCCAAAAAAUUGAUGGCGAAAGCAUAUCAAACCGCGUUGCCCAUGCAGCAGCAGCAACAUUUGCUGGCCCAAUUGAACUCCGAUCCUAAGAUCGUUUACCACAUAGGAUUAACUCCUGCCAAGCUUCCAGAUUUGGUAGAAAACAAUCCGCUUGUCGCAAUCGAAGUGCUGCUGAAGAUCAUGCAGUCAACGCAGAUAACUGAGUAUUUUUCUGUACUUGUCAACAUGGAGAUGUCGUUACAUUCCAUGGAAGUCGUCAACAGAUUGACUACAGCUGUGGAUUUGCCGAAGGAGUUUCUGCAUUUGUAUAUUUCAAACUGCAUAUCCACCUGUGAGAACAUCAAAGACAAGUACAUGCAGAAUCGGCUCGUGAGAUUAGUCUGCGUAUUUUUGCAGAGUCUCAUCCGGAAUAAGAUUAUUGAUGUUCAGGAAUUAUUCAUUGAGGUUCAAGCAUUCUGCAUCGAGUUCAGUCGAAUCAGGGAGGCUGCCGCCUUGUUCCGCCUCUUGAAGCAGUUGGAUAGUGGGGAGCAAACUGCCAGUGUUUCUCCUACCUCUAUAAUGAAGAACAGCAAAAACCUACGAAGUAACGUCGGUGAAUUUCUCACGCGUUUGAGGAGCGAAGUUUCGAGCAGGAUCCUUGCGAAAGAGCGCAAUGGUGAAGACGAAGAUGGGACAUCUUAUCCAGAUGGAUUCGUUACCGAUCAGUUGUCUGAGGAAGAGCUUCGCAUUUUUUGGUUCGGCGAGAAAAUUCCGGGAGUCGUUGGUUUGCGAAAUCAUGGGAAUACUUGUUUUAUCAACGCGGUUCUCCAAUGUCUAAGUCAUACAGACACAUUUGCGGAAUAUUUCGCUACCGAGAAGUACAAGGUGGAUUUGUUGCACAGGAAUCGAUUGAAAUCCAAGAAGUUCGGUACGCAAGGAGAAGUUACCGAAAAAUUAGCAGGUGUCAUUAAAUCACUUUGGUCAUGCCAGUACACUCAAAGUAUCACUACCGAGUUCAAGAGCAUUGUGGAGAAGCAUGGUAACCAAUACCGUGGGAGUACGCAACAUGAUGCGCAAGAGUUCCUCAUGUGGUUGCUCGACAAAGUUCAUGAAGAUCUGAACGUUGCUAAGAAACGUAGAUACAAGAGAAUGCAGAGCUCCAAUGAUCGACCAGACGAAGUCCUUGCUGCCGAAGCGAUGGCGAACUUUCUCCGUUGCAACGAAAGCUUUAUACAAGGCCUGUUCCAAGCGCAGUUCCGUUCUUCUUUAACUUGUCCGCAUUGUCAGCGACAGUCCAACACUUUCGACCCGUUUCUGUGUCUGUCAUUACCGAUUCCACAAUCCGCGCGACGACCGAUUUUCGUAUCCAUCGUGUAUCUGUGUCAAAUUCCGCGGCAAGUUAAGCUGGCUUUCAGUAUGGACUGCGAUGCAACAGUGGGCGACCUUAGGACUGUGGUGUCCAAUGAUGCCGGAAUCGAUAGAAGGAGAGUUGUCUUGGUCGAAAUCGAUGGCGAAGGGUUUCACCGGACUUUUUUCGAUGAACAACCUUUGAAGGCGAUCAACAGCGACCACUUCGUUCAUAGCCUUUAUGCACUUGAAAUGCCUUCACGGGAGGAAGCCUGCACAACCGACACAGACUCCAUAUCCAUCAUUUUCGUUAAUUUGCUUUGUGUCGAUUCGAAGCCGUCCGUUGAGAAAAGUGCCUCUUUUGAUGUCAUUGGAGAAAACUCAACGUCAUUGGCCGAAGGAAGUUCAGAGAUCCAUACAAGUGGCAAUAAAGCAAGAUUUGGGGCGCCUUACGUCACGCAAAUGACGCGGGAAACAUCGUACGUGGACUUCCAGAAAUUGUUGCUCAAAGAAAUGCACAUGAUGGUUGAUCCGUCCGUCUUGAUUUCCGAUCAGGUUGUUCCUCUGUUCACCGUUGAAGUCUUCCUGGGUGAAAAAGACUGUCAAGUGAUCAGCUCUGACAUGGACAUGCCGCUCUAUGCGGAGCUUGUGGAUCAAGCUCUGAGCCUCAGUGACCCUGAUGGAGAUGGCCAUGCCGGUCCAAAGCACAUAAAGCUUCUCCUGAAGUGGAACAUGGGACCAAAAGAGAAGGUAAUAUUCGAUGACGUUGAGCACGAAGACGACCACGAAAGUGUCAAAGAACUCUUGGAUGACCCGAAUUAUCAACCACCGGUCAACUUGGAGCAGUGUUUUUCGGAGUAUACAUCGGAGGAAGUUUUGGGUCAGGAUAAUGCCUGGCUUUGCCCAUCAUGCAACAGAAAAGAAAAAGGAGUGAAGAAAUUGGCACUUUGGUCGUUACCCGACAUUCUUGUUGUUCACUUGAAGCGUUUUAAGCAGUCUUCAAGCAACGGAGUUGUUACUUCGAAAUUGUCUACGCUCGUGGAAUUUCCGCGGAACGAUUUCAACAUCUCUGAUCAUUUGGUCAAGAGAUCGGAUCGGAGUAGCGCUGCAACUUCGUCUUCAGAAUCAUCUGGGACUCAGUCAAUAACCGAUAGACCUGAAGAUUCGAACGUUCCUAAAGGAGAUGCAGCUUCUUCGUCUGAUUUUUCGAGGCGACCAAAAGUGCCAAAGUUGGCGUCGAUUGCCGAGUGGCCAAAGACGUUGCUGGGAAAAACUCGUCGCGGAAUGGACGGUAACCGAGCGAUGCUAUCCUCACAUCCCAGUUCGUUGAAACCGGAAGAAUGCUCGUAUAAUUUGUACGCUGUGUGUAAUCAUCAUGGAGCUGAUGAUCAAGGCGGACAUUACACGGCCUUUUGUCGAAAUUCGAGCAAUGGGCUGUGGUACUGCUUCGAUGAUCAGAACGUGACGAAGAUGGACGAGAAGGAUGUUGUUACAAAGGAUGCAUACAUUUUGUUUUACCAACGGAAAUCUUCUGUUUCGCGAUACGGAGCGCCGUCACUGUCGGCAAGCUUCGGUCGUUACAUUGGGGGCGGCAGUUUUGGGAAAUCCGGUGAGCGGCUUUCCGGGACUCUGCCACCUUCUUGGCAAUUCCGGCAGCACCAUUGGGUGUACCGCAUACCUGGGCUAAAACCAGCGAGAGUGGAAGGAGCAGUUCUUGAUGUGACCCAAAUCAGGAGUAACGGAGAACCGAAAAACUGCGACAGCGUUCUUAAGCUUCCAAAAGGUGCCCAUUUGGCUUCUUCAGAAAGCAUGUCAUCUUCGGAGUCCUCCGAAUCGCCGUCUUCUCAUUCGCAUGGAAAAAUUCUUGCGCGUGCGGACACGAAACAGAUUUGCUGUGAUGUUCUCGUAGUCGUAAUUCCGAUGAAUUUACAUGCUUUAAGUGAGUCGAAAUGCGCUGAGAAUGACGAAUCGUCGUCCACGUGUGAUUUGUACGAGGGGUUAACUCCGGUGCGUCGAAAAGAAUCUCGGAAAUCACCCAUCAAGAGGGAGACAUCGGAUGAUGAGAUUUGUUUGAUUGAGGAGAAGAAACGCCCGCGAUCGAAAAGGCUUCCCCGAGUACAACCUUCUGAAUUGCUUCGAGCUGCUCAAAAUGGGGACGUUCGCAGGAUCAAGUCGUGCCUCAAACGCGGGGCAGACGUAAAUGCUAAGGAUUUUUUUGGCUGGACCCCUUUGAUGUGUGCAGUUCAAGCGGGGAAAGUCAAAGCGGUUGAAGUGAUCGUCAGUUUUGGUGGGGCGAAUGUACAUCUAAGGAAUAAUCAAGGGAAAACCGCGUUUGAAAUAGCAUUAACGAACGGAAGGUCGGACUUGAUUGAGCUGAUUGUGAAAGGAGGCAAAGGGAUAAAAAAGCAACGUGAAUUUGUUUCGGACGACAGUGGGGCAGCAACCGACGGGGUGAUACCGAGGGUUGUCUCGUGUGACCUGUGUGGAAUUUCAAACAUUCAAGAAAGUUAUAUGACUCAUCAGACCACGAUUUCGCAUCAGCUAGCUGUUCAAGCUGGAAUCCCUGAAGUGCAGCUGGGUCGUCCGCCGUUCUUGAUUCCGGAAUCCAAUGUGGGGUAUCAAAUGUUGGUCAGGUCCGGAUGGAACAAAAGAUCGGGUCUAGGAAAAGAUGAAUCGGGUCGGAAAGAACCCAUCAGAGCAUCUAUGAAGCGUGAUCGUAAAGGUCUGGGAUCUAAGCGAGUCCGUCCCGUGAGUCGCGAUCCUUCAGAUGACGCUUCCGGCUCGAAUGUGAAUCGGAAAACGAUAAAAGAACGGGUUUCACGAUCGAAAACGAAAGAGCGGCGAUUACGGGCGAUGUUGUCGAGCUUGUGAUGAUUUUGAUUGCAACAAAGAAUGCAUUUUAGUUACACAUUAA